UUUGGCUAAUGUUUUAGGUUGGUUACCUUCUUGGCUUAGGUGAUCGACACCCUAGCAACCUAAUGUUGCAUCGUUACAGUUAUUUUAUGAUUGGAAGAGAACGAGUAGUUGUAUUUAUGAUUAAGGUUUUGAAAGUAUUCAUAUGAUAUGUUGUCUUCAGUGGGAAGAUAUUGCACAUUGAUUUUGGAGACUGUUUUCAAGCUUCAAUGAACCGGGAGAAGUUCCUUGAAAAAGUAUGCUAUUCUAGAUUUACUGCCUACAAAACCUUACACAUGUAUGGCCUCUUAUGGUGUUAGUUUAUGCAGGACCUCUGACAUGAAAGUGAUAAUGUAGGUUCUAUUCUGACUGACUAGAUUGCUUGUGAAAGCUAUGGAGGUUAGCGGUAUUGAAGGCAACUUCCGUUCAAUGUGCGAAAAUGUGAUGCAGGUUCUCAGAACAAAUAAGGAUAGUGCCAUUAACCCAGGGGUGGGUGGCCUUGUGGUAAGAACAUGGGGAUUAAGCCCCCAGGUCAUGAGUUCAAAUCCCCCUCGGGCCAAUCUCCUGGGCGUAGCACAGUUGGUUAGGAGGUUGGACCUCAAGUUGUCUAACCAGCACUUGGUAUGGGUUCAAUGCUCUCCCGCUGUGCGAGUCCUGACUUAAGCGGAACUUGUCUUGGGAGGUCGGGGCAAGUUCCCAGGUUAUAGCUUCCUCACUCGGAACAGCUAACAGGAUACCUUGGUGGUCUCUACAAAAGGGGCGCUGCCUUGGACCUGCGGGAGAGUAGGGAGGAUUUUCCUGCAGCAAAAAAAAAAGAAAAAAAAAGGAUAGUGUCAUUGCUAUGAUGGAGGCCUUCGUUCAUGAUCCUCUGAUAAACUGGCGUCUUUUCAACUGCAAUGAAGUCCCUCAAAUAUCAACUAUUGUGGGUGCUCAUGUGCCCCCAGUUGUGAACAGUGAAGAAAUUGCUCCAAACGGAGAGCUGCUUCAACCUCAACGGGGUGCUCGGGAGAGGGAACAACUUCAGGCUGUCAAUCAACUAGGUGAUGCUAAUGGGGUCUUGAUUGAGCGUGCUGUGGUUGUUAUGGCUCGGAUGAGUAAUAAGCUUACAGGUCAUGAUUUUUCAACUUCUUCAGUAUCAACCAACUCUAUCCAUCAUGCAGUAGACCACAAUACCUUGACUUCUGGAGAUACUCACGAAGUUGAACAUGGUUUAUCUGUUAAAUUACAAGUUCAAAAGAAAUAG